AUGGCUCCAAUAUUCGGCAAUCCAUUCAAGACUCCCACCGCUAAAUAUUUACUGCCCUUCAUGCGCUUUCUCAACAUACCAUUUACCGUGUCUGAUAUACAAUCAAAAAAUCCUUACGCUCCCAUUGCAAAAACAUCUACCAAGACUUCUGACUGUAUAUACGCUAAGCUCCUCGUUAGCCUAUCUCACGAAUUUGGUGAUGAAUUAUUGGGUUUGUUUGCCUACGGCUCACGCGUCUAUGGCAAUGCUAGACCUCACAGUGACGUGGAUGUUGAUGUCCUAAUAAAUUCACAGCGUAAAUGUCGACGAAAUGUUAUCAUCGAUGGCUUGGAGGAAUUAUCUUACGAAACUAUGCAUUCGGCAGGAUCAUUUACGACCCAAAUAACAUCCUACCUCCGUUACAAAACUUUGCAAGAAUACGUUGGGAAGCUGGCCCCCCCCCCCGCACUCGAAGCAAAAGACUGUUGGCGACCGCGCUACGAGAUAGCAGAUCUCAUACGUGAUCUCGAAGACAUAAGCUUUGUUCACAACGAGGCAACUGCCCAUUUCCUCCUGGUCAAACUAGUAGAGCGCCUGGCGCGCAUUCAAGAGAAAUUAUGGCAUCGAUGGCCAGAAAAGUUGAAGCGCUGUAUCGAAGGAUGGGAAACAUGGGAUACCGUUGGCGGAAAUCUAGCAAAGAGAGCACUGAGUUCGAAAAUUGCAUGGUCGGAAAGAACAAGAUGUGCUAGAGAGUUGGCAAAGUAUGUGCUUGAACCUGUUGGUGGUGUUAUGCCUACCGAAUGGCAUAUGGAUUGGGAGGCAAUACCUCCUGCCGAAGAACCGUUCAUAAUACCGAAAAUAGAUUUAUUCAUAUAA